UGAGCCGCGCCGCUGAUUGGAGGAGAUGUGAAGUACGCCCACAAACAAGCUCAGCUUCAGGCCUUCUGAUUGGCUGACUGGAGAGCACGAGGAACUUAUGUGUUUUUUAAGGAUGGGGGACUCGCAACAGUUUGACUUCUACCAAACAGGAUAUUCAGGGUAUUAUGUAGAUAACCAGGGUCGCACUGUGGCUUUCUACGACCGUGAUGAAGCACAGAACACUCAGGAUCCUUUCAUGGAGCAGCAGUACACUGGAGAGGUCUAUCAGCCGACACAUGCUGCCACCUAUGGAGAGACUCCUGAGGAUGAACCUCCUCUUCUUGUUGAACUUGGAAUUGAUUUUGACCACAUGUGGCAGAAGACGCUGACUGUGUUGAACCCCUUCAAGCCUGCAGAUGGCAGCAUCAUGAACGAGACUGAUCUGACAGGUCCCAUCCUCUUCUGUAUCGCACUGGGCGUCACUUUAAUGAUGGCAGGUAAAGUUCACUUUGGGUAUGUGUAUGGGAUCAGUGCCAUCGCCUGCAGUGGGAUGUACAUCCUGCUGAGCCUGAUGAGCUCGCUGACCGUCUCAUACGGCUGUGUGGCCAGUGUCCUCGGCUACUGCCUCCUGCCGAUGUUGGUCCUUUCUGCAUUCGCUGUCUUCUACUCUCUGCAAGGUGUUAUUGGAACAGUUCUGGCCUUGUUAGCCAUUUGUUGGUGCAGUUUCUCAGCCUCCAAGAUCUUCAUCUCCACRCUGGCGAUGCACGAGCAGCAGCUGUUGGUGUUUUACCCAUGUGCCCUGCUGUACGGGCUCUUCACUCUGCUGACUGUCUUUUAACUGUCGGAUCAAUCAAACUCUCUUUAAAUCAGUGAAUAUUACAAGUAGGAAACUUUAUAAAAGAAAUGUUUGAUGACUUGAUCAUUUUUGUUGGGUUUUUUAAAAGAUACAUAAUAAAUAUUUCUUUCGUAAUAAAUCUUGGUAUUUUAUUUAUCUGCAGCCACAUUGUUCUUGACAGACAAUUACAGUGACUUUUAUGUGCUUGUGUUUUGAAGUCUGCUUUUUGUUUUCAAACACAAAAWGGGUCAGGUUU